AUGGACGAUUUUGAUAGAGAUUUAGAUAAUGAGUUGGAAUUUAGUCAUAAAUCAACGAAAGGAAUAAAGGUCCAUCGUACAUUUGAAAGUAUGAAUUUAAAGCCCGAUCUUUUAAAAGGGAUAUAUGCCUAUGGAUUUGAAGCCCCAUCUGCCAUUCAAUCUAGGGCUAUUAUGCAAAUCAUUAGUGGUAGAGAUACCAUUGCACAAGCCCAAUCUGGAACUGGGAAAACUGCCACGUUUUCUAUCGGUAUGCUUGAAGUCAUAGAUACCAAAUCAAAGGAAUGCCAGGCACUUAUCUUGUCUCCUACUAGAGAGUUGGCAAUACAAAUCCAAAAUGUGGUAAAGCAUUUGGGCGAUUAUAUGAAUAUUCACACUCAUGCCUGUAUUGGUGGGAAAAAUGUGGGUGAUGAUGUGAAGAAAUUGCAACAAGGCCAACAGAUAGUUAGUGGGACACCGGGUAGAGUCAUUGAUGUGAUAAAAAGAAGAAAUCUUCAAACUAGAAAUAUAAAGGUUCUUAUUUUAGAUGAGGCCGAUGAACUUUUUACAAAAGGGUUUAAGGAACAGAUCUACGAGAUUUACAAGCACUUGCCGCCUUCGGUUCAAGUAGUAGUUGUUAGUGCCACGUUACCGCGUGAAGUGUUGGAGAUGACCAGUAAGUUUACUACUGAUCCAGUGAAAAUCUUGGUGAAGAGGGAUGAGAUUUCACUUCUGGGAAUCAAACAAUUUUAUGUCCAAUGUGAACGUGAAGAUUGGAAAUUUGAUACGCUUUGUGACUUGUAUGAUAAUCUUACCAUAACUCAGGCGGUGAUAUUUUGUAAUACCAAGUUGAAGGUCAAUUGGCUUGCUGACCAGAUGAAAAAGCAAAAUUUUACUGUUGUGGCAAUGCAUGGUGAUAUGAAACAAGAUGAACGAGAUUCAAUUAUGAACGAGUUUAGAAGGGGGAAUUCAAGGGUAUUAAUAUCUACAGAUGUUUGGGCAAGGGGAAUUGAUGUUCAACAAGUCUCAUUGGUGAUAAAUUAUGAUUUACCAACUGAUAAGGAAAAUUAUAUUCACAGAAUUGGACGAUCUGGUAGAUUUGGUAGAAAAGGAACAGCAAUAAACUUGAUAACUAAAGAUGAUGUGGCCACUCUUAAAGAUUUGGAGAAAUAUUAUUCAACGAAAAUUAAGGAAAUGCCAAUGAAUAUUAAUGAUAUAAUGUAA